AUGUACAGAGAACUGAUGCGCAGCGAACUGAUCGAAUGGUUCGAUCAGAUGCCGCAAGAUCGGCAAGCAAAGCGGGCCCGACUUGUUAUGGAAGCUAUGGAAGAGACAAUACAGGACAAGGAAAAGACAAUACAGGACAAGGAAAGGACAGUGCAGGUCCAGAGUGAACUCACAGAAAUGCACAAGAGGGAAAAACUGCGACUGCUCGAGGAGCUCUCUCGAGUCAAAGCGCUAUAUGCCACGCGCCCUCUUCUUGAACUCGGACUGAGCCGAUACCUGGAGAACAAUCCGAUGUUGGCCGGAAGCACGUGGACGAGUCUCAGUCAAGCCUUCACAACAAAGCACAUCUACACUGCGAGUCAUGACCUUCAGCCGUGGGCGAAAAGGAAGCUCGAGCGCAUCAACAAGAUGUUCAAAUGGCACGUCGUGGAGGAAGACUACUUCGAUCACUGUUUGUGGAGAGUGUGUCGGAUGAUGACCGGAAAGUUUGGAUUGACGAGGACGGCAAGCUUUUAA